AUGGUGGAUGCGCCACACAGUCCCAUCGUGGUGAUCCUUGGGUUGAUGUGUCAUCCGGGACCCGUAACCGGACGCAAUGACCCCCAGACGGGACCGAUGCGAGACAAACAUCUGCCCAACUGCGACUACAUUCAGUCUCCUACUCCUCUACCGAACAAACCACUACAAACGAUCAUCUUGACAGCAGCCACUCACCAUGCCGGCGAGCAGGGUAUGAAGCGUGAUUCACAAGUACCCAAUGCGCCCCAAUAUCACAUGAGAAACUCUAUCACUAGUGUAAAGAUGCGCAGGGUCAGUUACACGAUCAAGUUUCAGAAACCGAUCCAGAACAUUCCUAGAGGUACCUUGCAUUUCUGCCCUUCACAGCGUGCAGGUACAUAUGUCAUCGCCUCUCUUCCGUCCUCACUUGCACCACCCCGAUCUGCGCUGAAGACGUCGGGACCCUUGCCGCAGCUGGGAAACGAGGAGAAUCCUGUAAAAAUGGUGCUAAAAUAA